UUAUAUUCAAGAUAACUGAACUGAACUUGAAAGGCGCCACCACAGUUGCCGGUGCCAUUAAAGGACACCCGUCCUGGGACACAGGCUCAGGCACAGAAAUAGACUUAAAGGGUUACAUAAAACAUAACUAUAAGCGUAAAUAAACAAAAUGUCUGACACCGAAUCACUUAGCUCUAUAGGUAGUGAUGAUUCGUGGUAUGGCCAGCUCGUUGCUUCAGUUGGAGGACCUCGCAGCGCUUCUGAAAGAUCCGGACUCCCGGGUACGAGCGAUGGCGGAGGAGGAGGGCCGGGAGCUGCAGCAGCAGGCUGCCGGGUUGACUCGGCGGUUGCUGCUGGCUCUGGUGCCUCGUGACCCACGGGACGGUCGAGCUGCACUGCUGGAAAUGCGCGCGGGCGCGGGUGGCCAGGAGGCGGCGCUGUUUUGUGGGGAGCUGCUGGAAAUGUACCGCAAGUUCGCAAUGUCCCGCGGGUGGUCCUGGCAGGUGGUGGAGCUGACGGCGAGUGAGGUACCUGGGGGAGUGAAGCACGUGGUGGCGGCGGUGGCGGCUGGUAGAGGAGCAGGGAGGAGAGCAGGGGGGAUUGGCGACGGAGGGGAAGGGUACGACGGCGGCGAGGGCAACAGUGACCAAGAUGGAGACGCCAUCGGCGUGUAUGGCACCCUGCUGCCGGAGAGCGGGGUGCACCGGGUGCAGCGUGUGCCGGUGACGGAGGCGCAGGGCCGUGUGCACACCAGCACAGUAGCCGUUGUGGUUCUCCCACAAGCUGACGAGGUGGAUGUCAAGCUGCGCGAUGAGGACCUCCGAAUAGAGACCAUGCGGGCCAGUGGGGCGGGAGGACAGCACGUCAACGUCACCGACAGCGCUGUACGCAUCACCCACGUGCCGACUGGUCUAGUAGUCAGCUGCCAGAACGAGCGCUCGCAGCAUUUGAACAGGGCGGCGGCGCUCAAGAUACUGCGUGCGCGGCUAUACGACCUGGAGAUGCAGAAGCGCGCGAAAGAGAUGGACGAGCAGCGGUCGGCACUAGUGGCGUCCGCUGAUCGCAGCGAGCGCAUCCGAACGUACAAUUUCCCGCAGGGCCGCGUCACGGACCACCGCAUCCAUUUGACCCUUCAUGACCUGGAUUCGGUGCUGGUGGGCGGGGAAGGGUUGCAGAGGUUGAUGGGGGUACUGAGGGCUGCGAGGGAGGAGGAGGCGCUGAGGCGGCUGGGGGAGCAGGAGGAGGCAGCAGCGGCCGGGGCUGCAGCGGAGGAGGGCAGGAAGAGGCGGUAGAAGAUUAGGAGAGUGUUUAGUCGUUGUCAUGCACGACAUUGUUCACCUCACCAGAGCCGGCCAGGAGGGAGAGGGGGUGAGCAGGAGGAAUUUUCCCCUGGCUUAGCUCGACGCCACCUUCCUGAGCUUCACAGGACUGCCCUCUGGGGAGUCCCGGCUCCUCACUCAACGCAGCCGCGAUGUUCGGAACGUGAAGGCGAAGAACUCCUUGCCGUCUGGAAGCUCUCCCAGUGUCCAAUUUUUUUGCUCGCGAAUGAGCUCGUUGAUCUCGGUGUGGUCGACAUAAAAUUGCGUGUCGAUCUUGCAGUCAUCAACAGUACAGCCCUGUACAUACGGAAUGCAGCUGGCCGUGAGGAGUCCUGCCGCGUGCUCCUUCACACCAUCCAUGUCGCAGAACCGACCAGUUGCGCGCUCAAGGGCGCGCACCGCGUGUGGAUGUG